AUGAUGUCUGCAAAAGUAAUGAUUGUUAAAGUAAUGAUCAUCAUGUUUGCAAUUUGUGUUUUUGCAAAAUCAGAUGGGAAACCCAUGAAAAGGAAAACUGUGGGUGAAAUAGAGCUUCUGUAUAAGCUGCGUAAACAUCUGCAAAAGUUGGAAAAGCAGGAGUGGCUACGGAAGUUGCUGCAGGAAGUGAUCCUCGGAGAGUCUACAGUUCGUAGGGAUGUUUCCAGGAGGUCCCUAAGAAAGGAAGACAAUGUCCUGGUUGAGAGCCAUCAAAAAAGCCUUGCAGAAGCAGACAAAGCUGAUGCGGACGUAUUAACUAAGGCUAAAUCCCAGUGA